AUGAUAUCCAAGAAGAACACCUUGGUGCAGCUUCGUGUGGUUGUGUCCACAGGUGAACCCUGGGCAGCAGCGCCUUUCAGAGACUUCCCAAACUGGGUUCCAGCCAACAUGGCGUCCUCUUCCACGCCAUCUCUCUGGCCACUAGCCUACAACAGUGGACUGGAAGAAAUGAACAUGGAGCCCACUAACAGCCCCGGGAACUACACCCAGAGCAAGACGCUGGCCAGGCUCACCUUCCCCAUCACAGUUGUCAUCAGUCUCUUUGGGCUCUUCUGGAACGGGACCGUCCUCUGGCUCCUGGGUUUCCGCAUCAAGAGGAAUGCUUUCUCUGUUUACGUCCUCAACUUGGCGGGAGCAGAUUUCACCUUCCUGUGCUGCCAGCUCUUCUUCGUCUUGACGGACAUUCUGACAGGUUCCUAUGAUAUUUCCUUGACAAUCCUUCACUUCAAGGUCAAGUGGCACUUUUAUUCCACCUUCCCCAUGGCUAAACUUGUGGCCCCGAUAGCGUUUUCCUCCUACACCAUGGACAUGAGUCUCCUGGCCGCCAUCAGCACGGAACGCUGCCUGUCCGUUCUCUGCCCGGUCUGGUACCGCUUCCACCGGCCCAAACACCUGUCCACCAUCGUGUGUGUCCUGCUUUGGACCAAGUCCCUGUUGGUGUGCACACUGACAGGAGACAGCUGUGGUUUCCUGUCCAGAGGCUACAGUAGGCAGGCCUGCUACCAUCUCACUGUGGUCAGUGCAGUGCUGAUCCUCCUCUUGGUCUCUGUGAUGUGUGUGUCUAGCUUGACUCUGCUCCUCAGGGUCCAGUGCUCCUCCCAGCGACACCACCCCACAAAGAUCUAUGUUAUUAUCCUGCUCACUGUCCUUGGGUUCCUGCUCUGUGGCCUCCCUUUUGGAAUGUACUGGCUACUUCUAGACUGGUACCAAACCCUACUCCAGCCCAUGAACCUGCCCUACUAUCUCAUUGAUAUUCUGUCCUGUAUGAACAGCAGCGUCAACCCCAUCAUCUACUUUUUUGUUGGGAGUUUCAGGCGGUGGAGGAAGUGGGAGUCCCUGAGGGUGGUCCUGCAGAGGGCUCUCAGGGAUGAGGUGGGGGUGGAAAAGGAGUCUUCCCACACAGGCACCAUGGAGCUGUCUGUCUGA